UCGCCUUUGCUGUCUGCACAGGUGCCCUUGCCGCCUGCUUCAACCCAACCCUGACCGCUCAGAGGUUGUCCUUCUCUCAAGCCCGCCUACGCGCCUGUCCCGCCAGGUUUUGUCGACAACUUCUGCCCUACCAAUCACUAUAGACCGCCGCCGCCACCAUCACCGGACGCUCCCAGUCUGGCUCGCUCAAACACCACGACUGUCCUUUACUGCGACGUUCUGCUCUUCGGCUCUCCUCCCAUUCCAGCCUCGCCCAGAUCGCCAGUGUUAUAUUUGCCCUCGGCGACCUCGCGCGCCGUAGGGCCACUGUCUCGUCACUGCAUCAACUAUGAAACAUUUUCAUGCUGGUGAAGCAGACCAACAGCAGGACCACGGCGCCGAUGUCAGUCAAGACGAGGAACCUCCAAGAGGCCGCGGCCGCAACAAGCAGCUUUCUGUCGGCCUCCAGCUCCCCAAAAACAGAAGCACAGGCAAUCUCGCAGCCGUCUCCGAGGACGAACCCCUAUAUUCGAGAUCACGUCACUCGAUAGACGCCGGUGCAGCUCUACUGGAUUAUGACUCUCUUAGAUCGCCAGUCAUAACCGAGCAUGACCAUGGACUCGGCCCUUCCGGCCUGCGCCGGAUCCGCCAGCAAGCACCCUUGCGUCCGCCCACCGUCCCUUCGACUGCUGCCUCAUCCCGAAGCCCUUCGCUGAGCAUCACCCGGUCCGCGUCGCUCUCUGCUAUGCUCUCACAUGCUAGCCAAGGCCCGGUAUCACCAGGACCCACGUCGCCGACUUUUGGAGAAGACCUGACAAGGUUUCCAUCCGAAUCCCUCCAUUCGUUCUCGUUCGCUCACCAGUCCGACGACUUCAUGCACAACCGGCAAAAUGUCCUGAAGCGUUCAAUCGAGUUCAUGAAAGAUCGUAUGGGCUGGCUGGUCUCGUCUAACGCUGCGAUGGCCAGCGCACAAGCAAGGGUUACUGGAGACUAUGAGACACAAAACAUGCUUGAUCUCCUUGCGAGAGCCCAGCUCGUCGGUGCUGUCAACCUUCCACACCUGGACACAGCCCUCGCUCCUGGCCCGUUGACUGGCCCUGCCAUUGUGUCCGGGGAGAAUCCCUUUGAGACACAGUUUGGGCCACGAAGUGCCAGUCCAGAUCAUUACGAGACCGAACCAGAAUCACCAAUCAGUAGGAGGGCGCCUGCUUUGGUCAUCAAACAGCACCGAGAAGAAACACCCAAAGACAAGGGACUCUCGGUACUUAAAGAAAACGAGUCUGAAGAUUCAUCCAGGACAACGACGAACGAGAGUGGUACGACUGCGCAGACUUCGCCCCCGGUUUCCCGGCGGCCGAGUAUGCGGAGAACCACUACGGACGUACGUGCAGCCUCGAUACAGCAGAAGUUGGUGGACACCAUGGCGCAGCCUUUUCAAGCUGGCUCAGUACAGUCGAAUUACGCGGAUCCUUUAGGGUCGCCCAUGCUCGCACCACAAGCCAUGGCAUCGUCGUUCAGUAUCCCAGGCCCCCUCGGGCCUUCCGCAGUACACGGGCAUUCCUCACGAUGGACCCCCGCUGCACAAGCCAUAUUCACGACUGAAGCGAAGCCUCCGUGGACCAUCUUGGCUGCCAACGACUUGGCCUGCCUUGUCUUUGGCGUAACGAAAGCCGAAGUCCGCAAGAUGGGCAUCCUCGAAGUGGUCCAGGAGGAGAGGAGAGACUGGCUGGAGAGAAAGCUGGUUAGAACCGGCUCGGAAGAUGCUAAGGUUCAGUCCCCCGUUAAGGCCUCAUCCGUUAGCCCCAGUCCCAGCCCCGGUCCUUCUUCCGGAUCAGCCUUCCUGGGUGGCCGGGGUGGGAUUACGGCACAGCUGCUGAGCAAGCCUAACAGUAGAUCACAGAAGGCGAAAAUUCCUGGGCGACGUCCGCAGACCGUUCACAGUGGGGAUCCAGAUCCUCCUAAACUACGCGAUCGCUCGAAAUCGAGGGGCGUGCUCCUUUGUGGCGAUGUCGUGCCAAUACAAAAACGCAAUGGUGCGACCGGGUCCGCCAGUCUCUGGGUGAAAGAAAAGCGCGGUGGCCUCAUUUGGGUCGUCGAGGAGAUCCACGAGCAUGUGGUGUACGUCAAGAUAGAUGACGAUGGCUUCGUCACAGACAUUACUGGUGAGACCGGGUGCAUCUGGGGCGAUGAAAAUAUGCAGCCGGGAAUGGACAUUGGCAAGCUCAUUCCCCGAAUACCGCGGCAAGGCAUCGAUCCGAAAACCGGCGCCCUCGACUAUGCCCAGAUCGCGAAGAGGAGAUACUACACCUGCCGCACCAGUCGGAAGGUUAGCAUCCCGGCGACCUUGACGCAGACAAGAGGGAAGCCAGAACUUCGGGUGUCCAGCUUUCCCCACAUCGCCGGCAUAAUUGUCGUCGACCCGCGCGACCACAAAAUCAAGAGCUCGAAUGCAGCAUUCUCUGGGGCAUUGUUCGGCUACGAAAAGCCAGAAGGAUUAUCCGUCGAGAGCCUGCUGCCAGACUUUGCCGACAUUCUGCAACUACUCACGGAACACGACGGAGUCAAUCUUGAGGAUGGUCUUGUCAUUCCUGAGCACAACUUUCGGAAAGCAUCAGCGUUGGUCGCUCUUCAGCAAGGCCGGCCUGAUGCAGCGACUACCAUUUUGAACCCAGAUGGAUUGAUCGCUAGACAUCGAGAUGGUGCUGACCUGAAGGUGGAUGUGCAGAUGCGAGUUGUCAAAAGCGAAAAGCAGCAUGCGACGGCCUCCAUUGAUAUGCAUUUGACGACGGCCAACAGCAACGAAGAAGCAAUCUCCUCUGCCGAGGCUGAGCUUGUUUAUGCCCUCUGGAUUACGUACUCGAGGCAUAUACACGCCACGAGGUCCGAGUUCACCCCAGGGUCCCCACACAUGUCCGGAGCUGCCACACCAUUACACCAACCUUCUCCGGGGCAGACUACGGUCAGCACUCCUCAAGACAUUAAUUCGGAUACUGAUGACAGCAAGAAGGAGCCACAUCCUACAGCUGCUACAGUGCUCAAACAGCAACUCAAAGAUGUUGCAAAGAAUGCUGCGGCUAAGCUGACUGGUGCCUCGAAAUCAUCCGAUCAAGUGCAGGAUGAGAAGGACGUUGAAGAAGUCAGCACACCGGCCACGCCAGCUCCCAAGAAAAAGACCAUCGACGACUUUGUAAUCUUGGAAGAUAUGGGCCAGGGUGCGUAUGGUCAAGUCAAGCUUGCGCGAUACAAGCAUGACGGCGGCAAGAAGGUUGUUUUGAAAUAUGUGACGAAGCGGCGCAUUCUCGUUGACACAUGGACACGGGAUCGGCGACUCGGCACCAUACCGCUCGAAAUCCACGUACUGGACUAUCUGAGACGAGAUGGGUUUAGACAUCCCAAUAUCGUGGACAUGGAAGACUUUUUCGAAGAUGAGACAAACUAUUAUAUUGAAAUGGCGCCACACGGGCUGCCUGGCAUGGAUCUUUUCGACUAUAUCGAAUUGCGCACGAAUAUGGGCGAGGACGAAUGCAGAAGCAUUUUUGUCCAGGUCGCCAAGGCAAUCUAUCACCUGCACAUCAAGGUCAAGGUUGUGCAUCGGGACAUCAAGGAUGAGAACGUCAUCCUCGACGGAGAGGGCCACAUCAAACUCAUUGACUUUGGAAGUGCUGCGUACAUCAAGAGUGGACCUUUCGACGUCUUUGUUGGCACCAUUGAUUACGCAGCACCCGAAGUCCUGGCCGGCAACCCGUACGGCGGCAAGGAACAAGAUGUGUGGGCCCUCGGCAUCCUGCUGUACACCAUCAUCUACAAGGAGAACCCGUUCUACAGCAUUGACGAGAUAAUGGACCGCGACCUGCGGGUCCCCUUUGUGGUCAGCGAGGAGAGUAUCAAUCUGAUCCGCUGCAUGCUGAAUCGGGAUGUCACGCAGCGGUACGACAUUGAGCAGGUCCUGCAGCAUCCUUGGUGUCAGGUCGACCUAUGAGGGUUUAGCUUGGUAGCACGAGGAGAUGUCGAAGUUUAUUGUAUGAUGGCGGAAGCGAAUCUAAAAGGGUUUUCUGGUAGAGCAUCGCAUGGCAAGGCCCCAGAAUCGACGAUUGCAUGGCACUGAAGCGCGGGAGACAAUCAUGCGUGGAGAACUUCUGAGGCUGGCGGGUCGCGGAAAAGGAGAGAAGGAAAGAAGCAUAAACAUUAGCCUCGGCGUCACCACACCAUUGGGGGAGAAGGUCUUAUGCUUGAUACCCUCCAUCAUCUAUAUAAAUACAUCAUCAGGUCGAGUUCAAGAA